AUGGCUGCUCUGUACCAGCUGCUGCUGAUCUGCACCUGGCUGGGCUCAGGAUGUCGGGCCCUACAGGUCACCGUGCAGGACGCCGAGCGAUACACCUUGUUAUUCUCCUCUUUAAUCCUCAAGUGUGACUACAGCACGUCUGCCUUGAUUCAGGAUGUGGCCGUCACCUGGAGAUUCAAGUCCUUCUGCAAAGACCCCAUCUUCGAAUAUUAUUCCGCCGCGUACCAGGCAUCUCUUUCCAUGAAGCAAGAUCCGUCCAAUGACUGCAACGAUAACCAGAGGGAAGUGCGCAUCGUUAUCCAGAGGCGCGGGCAGAACGAGCCGGUGCUGGGCAUGGAUUACCGCCAGCGCAAGAUCACCAUCCAGAAUAAAGCCGACCUGGUCAUCAGCGAGGUGAUGUGGUGGGACCACGGGGUUUAUUAUUGCACAGUGGAGGCCCAGGGGGACACGGCUGGGGACCCCGAUAAGGAAGUGAAGCUGAUUGUUCUACAUUGGCUGACGGUGAUGUUCAUCGUCAUGGGAGGACUUCUUCUCAUCCUCUUCGUUUCCAUAUGCUGGUGUCAGUGCUGCCCCCACUGCUGCUGCUGUUACGUCCAAUGUCCCUGCUGCCCUACCAAAUGCUGCUGUCCAGAGGAAGCCAUUGCACGCCAUCGGUACAUGAAGCAGAUGCAAGGCCCCGUCCCCUGGAUGAUGGAGAAACCUUUCUAUGCCGGAGCCGACCGCAAUUCUCAGCACUCUUCUUAUCAGCUCAACCCCUUACUUCAGAAAGAUCUCUCACUUCAGGGGAGCAUUCCGAUGGCCAGACAGCCAAGCUACCCACCCUCCAAUAACAAAGUUCUCGACUAUUUGGAGAAAGAGCUCAAAAACUUUAAUACAGCCCAGCCGCUGUCAUCGGGCCCUCACUACAGUGGGGCCAGCCACCACCCCAGCAUGUUAUCUUCCCUGGGCGAAGUUGGGGUCCGCGAAGUAGAUCGCAGGGUGAUCCAGCUUCCUCCAAUCGUUGAACAUAUCGUCAGCUCUCAUCGAAACAGUAACUCCAACCAACACCGCAGGCACCACUCAUGGGACGCCUUAGAGAGCGACCGAGACAGGAGGAGGAACGGACCCCAGGAAGACUCCUACCCCAACGAGAGCGACUGGAGAGACGACAGGCAGAGAAGCGACCGGUCCCAUGGCUACCGGAGAGGGCAACAAAAUGACGGCCGCACAAGACGAGACCCCUCGCCUCCCCGCCGAUCUGACCGUGCCAAUCCUAUCGACGACUCUGCUUAUGAUGACCCCCGUGGGCAUUCCAACCAAAGCUCCGAUCGCAGAAGGUCUCCGGAGAGGUCAAGGAGAGGCAGUCCUGACCGAUUCUCGAGGCGAAGGAGGAGUCAUUCACCCCCCUACAGACGCAAUUCCUGGAGUUCGGAUGAAGAAAGCCAGUACGCCCGCGGCAGGAGGGAAAGACGCCCGCAGUCCUAUGACUGGCCGGAGGAAAAACCUCCCAGCUACAAAUCUCUGGACGUUGCCACAGGGAAAAGCAAAAAACAGCGAGCGGCUGCAGAGAGACAGUCGGACCGGGCCAGUUCCAGAAGCGGAAGAAGUAUGAUGAUUUAGGAGGAUGUGGUCACCAGGAAAGGAGUCAGUGCUGAACUA